AGACAGUGACGUCACUAUGUUUAUAUAAACUGUCGCCUCCGACAGGCUUGUUGUUUACUUUGCACGAUUAGGUUUGUAUCCCGUCGACACUUUUUACGCGGACAUGAUCAUGGAUUGGAAGAUCGUCGUUCCUUUGCUCGCGGUGAUUUUAACCGUGGCGAGUGAAAAGAUGGUUGGAGCGCCAUCGGAUGCCGAUAUGAACGACCAAGGCUUAAAAAACGCCCUGCAGUUCGCCGUGGUCGAACACAACAAGAGAACGAACGACAUGUACAUAAGGCAGGUGGCCAGUGUUGUGAAGGCUCAGAAACAGGUGGUAGCUGGGAUAAAGUACAUCUUCACCGUGAAUAUGGGCCGGACCCCAUGCAAGAAAAGUGGUGCAGAGACUAACUGCUCAGUGCAUGAGGACCCAGGGAUGGCUGCGACCUACAGGUGCACCUUUGAGGUGUGGAGUCGCCCCUGGAUGAGUGAUAUUCAGUUGCUUAAGAACGACUGCCCGCAAUAAAGACGUGUAAGAAAGAAGACAAUUGUUCUGUCUAGUUUACCCAAAUACUGGCAGUAUCUGUAACUAGUAGUCUUUGUCACUUGUUUUUGCCAAUGCAUUUUUAACCUAGGAUUUACUUCAAGCCUCUGACUAGUAACUGUUUUUUUCCCCAAGUGUAUUGCAUUCCCACACUAACAUGAGCUGUCUUGACUGUUUCAUAUGUCUGCAGUCUGGAUAAGAGCAUCUGCUAAAUUAGUAAAAUGCAAAUGUUUUGUAAAUGCUAUGCAACAUAGUUUAACUAAAUGGUUUGG